UACGUCCUCAUCUUCCCAAAACGUAAAACAAAACCAGCAGGCGGCCACAGGUGUUAGUACUAUCAAAUCAACAGCUGCCUUCCAUUUGACUUUCAUUAGCCAGUGAAGUAAUUAAUUACUAAAAUGCUAAUCCCACACCCCACGCCCACCGUGGCUCUCAAUCUCAAAUCACACUCUUCUUCUACUGCACGUCAACGCACCAGGAGGAUCAGAAUGUCGUCGGAUUCUCUCCCUCCGCUACCGGAGAACCGCGUUGUUUUAGGAAUUGGAGGAGCAUCGGUGGAUUUCUUGGCUGCAGUGGCGUCUUAUCCUAAUCCCGAUGACAAGAUGAGAACCACCAGCUUGAAGGUUCAAGGAGGGGGCAAUGCAGGGAAUGCUAUGACAUGUGCUGCUCGUUUGGGAUUAAAUCCUAGGAUCAUUUCUAAGAUUGCAGAUGAUAGUCAAGGCCGAAGUAUUCUGGAGGAAUUUGAGGCUGAUGGUGUGGAUGCUUCUUUUCUUGUGGUUGCCCAGGGUGGUAAUUCACCAUUUACCUAUAUUAUCGUUGAUAACCAAACGAAAACUCGCACUUGUAUUCAUACUCCUGGAGAUCCUCCCAUGAUACCAGAUGAUCUGUCUGAAUCAAGCCUGUCCUCUGCACUGGAUGGAGCAAGAGUUGUUUAUUCUGACGGAAGGUUGCCUGAAACUGCUCUAGUUGUUGCACAAGAGGCAAAUCGCAAGAAUAUACCUAUUUUGAUUGACGCAGAAAGGAAAAGGGAGGGUUUGGAUGAUCUUUUGAGUUUGGCUACUUAUGUGGUGUGCUCUGCCAAAUUUCCACAGGCAUGGACAGAGGCACCAUCUAUUCCAAGUUCACUUGUUUCUAUGCUUUUGAGAUUGCCAAAUAUUAAAUUCGUGAUCGUGACCUUGGGUGAGGAAGGAUGCAUAAUGCUCGAGAGAAGUACAAAUGAGGCUUCUGCAUCAGAGGAAGCAGAUGCAGAUAAAUUAUUGAAGUCGCUGAAGCAGAGAGUGGAUGAUUCAAUUGCCAUCCCAACAUGUUUAUCGUCGUCAUUGACGAAGAUAAGAGCAAAUGGGAUAGGAGCAGUGACUGGGAGGUUGUUUAUAGGAACGGCUGAGAAGGUACCUCCAGCAGAGCUUAUUGAUACAACUGGUGCUGGCGAUGCUUUUAUUGGGGCUGUCGUUUAUGCUAUUUGCACGGACAUGCUGCCGGAGAAAAUGUUGCCAUUUGCUGCUCAAGUGGCGGCAGCUGGUUGCAGAGCCUUGGGAGCUCGAACAGGCCUUCCACGCCGCUCAGAUCCACGAUUGGCUCCAUUUUUGCUCUAGCACUUCUCCAACUACUAAAUCUUUUCAUUUUAUUAUCUGUGUACACUGUACAAUAUUUGCCAGUAGACUCCUUUUGGUAUUACCAAAGUCUAUGAUUUGUAUUAGUGUAUAUAGGAUAAAUAUUUACAGAAACAGAAUAAAUCGAUAUAUAGUUAACUAAAUUGAAGA